AUGACGAUGGAUUUAUCAUUUAUAUCUGUGGGUUGGUUGUGUUUUUUUAUAUUAUUUGCUGCUGCAGUGUGUGCAGCAGCAUACUUGCUGCUGCAGGAGGGGGCAAAGGGAAAGGAGAGGCAGCAGCUGCUGCAGGAGGCAGCAGCAGCAGCAGCAGCAGAUGCAUGCAACAUAGAUCCCCCAAUAAAAGAAAUAGAAGAAUACGAGGAGCUAAGAAGACAGCUAUUUGAGUUGCUGCUGCAGCAGCAGCAAGUGCAGCCGGACGAGGAGUACCCCGCCGAAGCAGCAGCAGCAGCAGCAACCAACAGCAGCAGCAGCAGCAGCAACAGCAGCAGCAGCAGCAGCAGCAGAUAUAUUCCUUGGCAGCAACGUCUCCUUUCCCCAGAAGAAAAAAAAAAACUAAAGACAAAACUAAUAAGAAGGGCACUAAGGAACAUACCUCGUUGGGUGUAUAUAUCAGCAGCAAGCAGCAGCAAGUAUAGAUUAUAUAGAUGCGGGCUGCUGCAGCAGCAGGCAUGGUCUUCUUUUGCUGCUGCCCAGGAAGAGCUAAACAAAGAACUAUAUUAUAUAAAACAAGAAGCAAACUAUAUAGAAACCAAUUGGGGUGAUGUUAUACUCAGAGACGCGGUGCUGCUGCAUAGACUGGGAGAAACACAAAAACAAAGAAACAAACUACAGCAGCAGCAGCAGCAGCAGCAGCAGCAGCAGCAGCAGCAACAGCAGCAGCAAGAAGCAGCAGCAAAGGCAGACAGAACAGAGCAAACAAAACAUAACAACCAUCACAAAAAGAAACAAUAA